AUGACUUCGGGAUUUGUUUUAGUGUGCUUUGGGAUUGUAUUUUUGAAUGGCGUGGACAUGCAAUUCUACAGAGUGGUCGGUGGUUUGCCGACCACAAUCGACCAGUACCCCAUCAUAGCUCAACUCCUGCUGGACGUGUGGGGCACUCAGAACUUCAUCCAGCACUGCGCUGGUGUUAUACUGACUACGCGCCACGUGAUAUCCACUGCUCAUUGCUUCCAGUUUAGCCCUAAUACUGGUUUAAACUACAGUCAACCCAAGUUCUGGAAAAUACGUGUGGGGUCCUCAUACCGUACGAGAGGAGGUUCUCUGUACAACCUGAAGACAAUCAUUCCUCACGAGGCUUUCGAUAAAAAUUUCUACACCAACGAUAUUGCAGUGCUGGUGUUGUCUAAGCAGAUAAAAUUAAAUUCAAAUGUUAAACAGAGCACGAUAAUAAGACCUAACGUGGAAGUCAAGCCUUAUUCGCUCUGCACUUUAGUGGGGUGGGGAACUGAAGAGGUUGGUGGACCGCAACCUAACCAACUGCACCACACAGCAAUACUGACGGUAGAUCAAACCGUUUGCAGAGAUCGUUAUAGUACAAUCAAUGCAGUCAUAGCCGACAGCAUGAUGUGCGCUGGACGUCUCGACGUAGGCGGUAUCGACGGAUGCUUUGGUGAUUCGGGAGGACCUCUCAUAUACCGAGGAAUAGUCGUGGGCCUUGUAUCUUUUGGGUACUCCUGUGGAGAUCCUUACUUCCCCGGUGUCUACACAAAACUAUCAAAAUAUACCAAUUGGAUUGUAAAAACUGUUGCGGCUAAUAAAACUUAA